UCAUAGGGCAUGGCUUUUAAAAAUAAAAAUGAAAUCAACCCUAGAGCUAGAAUGAGUGACUCCCAAAAACGGGUCGGGUCGUAACCCAAAUCGUGCGGGAGGGGUUAAGGGUUUUGUGGUUUUAGGGAAAGGGGUUUUUGCCGUUGAAUCACCUUAAAACAGCCGCUUCGUCUGCGUUGAAGAAGAAGAUUCUAAUUUGCUCUUCUUCUUUUCACUGUUAUCUGAAUUAGAUUUAGCUAGAUUUGGAAUCUGAAUCGUAAACCGGAAAUGGCAACCUCCGAUCAUCUUUCGCCUGCCACAUCACCGACACCGCCGGCCACCGCCGCCGAGCAUGUGAAAGUGGAUUAUUUGAAUCUCCCUUGCCCCAUUCCUUAUGAAGAGAUUCAUCGCGAAGCUCUCAUGUCCCUGAAGCCAGAACUCUUUGAGGGGAUGCGUUUUGAUUUUACUAAAGGUCUCAAUCAGAAGUUUUCUCUCAGCCAUAGCGUGAUGAUGGGACCUACAGAAAUCCCUUCUCAGUCAACUGAAACUAUUAAAGUUCCCACUGCUAACUAUGAGUUUGGUGCCAAUUUUAUUGAUCCAAAGUUAAUGCUUUUUGGGAGGGUCAUGACAGAUGGGAGAUUAAAUGCUAGGUUGAAGUGUGAUUUGACUGACAAUCUUACUCUCAAGGGCAAUGCUCAACUCACAAAUGAGCCACAUAUGUCGCAUGGCAUGUUCAACUUUGACUAUAAGGGGUCGGACUACAGGACUCAGUUUCAGGUGGGGAAUGGAGCCUUACUUGGUGCAAGUUACAUUCAGAGUGUUACGCCUCAUUUCUCCUUGGGCGGUGAAGUAUUCUGGGCAGGUCAGCCUAGGAAAUCUGGUAUUGGAUAUGCUGGACGUUACAACACUGACAAGAUGGUUGCAACUGGACAAUUUGCCAGCACUGGCAUGGUUGCUCUAAGCUAUGUCCAGAAAGUAUCUGAAAAGGUUUCUCUAGCUUCAGACUUCAUGUACAACUAUUUUUCUAAAGAUGUUACAGCCAGCUUCGGAUAUGAUUAUAUCCUCCGCCAGUGCCGACUGAGAGGCAAGAUUGAUUCUAACGGUGUUGUGGCCGCUUUCCUCGAAGAGCGAUUUAACAUGGGUCUUAAUUUUCUUCUUUCUGCUGAGAUUGAUCACAAGAAGAAAGAUUACAAGUUUGGAUUCGGACUGACAGUUGGAGAAUAGAGUGGAAACAGUAUUUAUUCCGCAUUUCAAAUUGCUACAGGCUCGUCGUCUGGUCCAGGAUUUCUCUCCUCUUAGAUAAGAAUCGAAGAAUCGAGUUUUGUUCUUAGUGUUAGUGACAUUAUUUGUGAGCAGCGCAACAGCAGCAGCUGCAAUCACAACCAGAAUCACUUGUUAGUUGAUUUUGCAGGUUGGAGAUACUGAUUCCCUAUCAACAAUGUAGAUUUUUUUUGUUAGUAAUUAUGCGUAGUUGGUGAAAUAGAGAUUUAUUGGUUCAGUUAA